GGCCGUGUGAGGUCAAAAGCGCUUCGCUGCCCGUACGGAGGGGCUGCUGUAGUAAUGGAGGGGGUCACAGUCGGCCAGGUAUUUGAUGCGGAAUGCAUCCUCAGCAAACGGCCGAGAAAGGGGAAGUUUGAAUAUCUGGUGAAGUGGAGGGGGUGGUCGUCCAAGCACAACAGCUGGGAGCCAGAAGAAAAUAUUUUGGACCCAAGGUUACUGGCAGCAUUUCACAAAAGAGAACAAGAGCGGGAGCUUCUGUUCCAGAAGAAAGGAAAGAGGCCGAGAGGACGACCACGGAAGAUUCUGCCUGCGCCAACCGCCACCAAGGACAGCCGCUCCUCGUCCUCCUCUUCCUCCGGCCUCUCGUCUUCGGCCUCCUCCUCGUCCUCAGAGGAUGAAGAUCACACGAAGAAAGCGAAGCGUGUCCAUCCUGUCCCCCAGAAGAGGCCCCAGAUCCUGCUGGCCAAACCCGACCCCCCCCGCAAGAAGAAGCGUGGGAGGAAGCCGCUGCACCCGGACCUGAGGGCUUUAAGACAGGCGAAGAGCAGACCUCCUGCUCCAUCUCCUCCUCCUCCCCCUCCUCCUCCUCCUCCUCCUCCUCCUCCUCCACGACACCACCAGGCGCUCAGACUGCUCAGAGAUGAGCCUCGGCCCGGGGUGAAGAAGCCUCUGCAGCCGGCCAGCUUCACCUACACAGGUCUGAGCAGGAGCUCCAGAGACGAGGCUGCCUCCGCCUCCCAGACCUCCGCCAGCUCCUUCUCCCAGACCGCUGCCUCCAAACCCGGAUCCCUUAGCUGCAUCUGGACCAACCGCUCCCUGUCCUCCUCCUCUUCAUCCUCCUCCCACAACAAAGCCAGUCCUUCAGCACAAAAUAAGAACUCUGCGUCCGAGCUGAAGCGGUCUAUGUCCGAAUCCGGCAGCAGAGGAGACGGAUUCAAAGUGUCGCCUCUGAAACAAAGUGGCAGUUCGGGAUCGUUGGGUUUGCACAGCAGCUUCGGGGGGGGCCAGGCGGUGGCUCAGCGCUCCCAGCUGAGCCAGCGGAGGCAGGAGGGCGUCGGAGGCCAGAUCGGGUUGGUUCAACACAAGCAGCAGAACUCUGGCCUUAACAAACCGUCGUCAUUAUCCUCACCCACGCCUCGAGACCGAGCCAACCAGGCACUGAGCCUCCGAGCCCUCAACCUGCAGAGCGUCAGCAAGCUGCCGGCCGGCAGCAGCACGAGCAGCGCCAUGGUGGCAGCGUCUAGGUCAAGCUUAAGGAGCGGCGGCGGGAUCGUCGUAAAAGGAGGAGUGGGUAGCAUCAAAGAGACUCGGAUGUCAGCUGGAGGGCAGCGCUCUGGUUUGGCUGCAGGCGGCACCGCAGAGCCGGGCAGGGGGAAGGAGAUGAUGGCAGGAGGCAGCUCCAGCCGAGGGAGCGGCAGGCAGGAGGACAGGAAACACGGGCUGAACUCUCAGAACCGGAGCCUGAACGAGCUCAGCACCGGAGACUCGGACGAGACCAGCAGCAGCGAAUCAGAGCACGAUGACACCGCCUUGUAUCCCAGCAAGAGCCGGCCCAGCCUUGGCAACGACGCCACCGAGUCGGAUACAGAGACGGACUGGCGGCCGACCCGCAGCCUCUUGGAGCACGUGUUUGUCACCGACGUCACGGCCAACUUUAUCACGGUCACAGUGAAGGAGUCUCCGACCAGCGUGGGAUUCUUCAACUCCCGAAAUCACUGAGGGACGUCUGUGCUCAGCCUGACAUCACUUCCUGCCACAGCUCUCAGGUUCCUACAGCUCUGGAACUUCAUCCACAAACAGCUCACAGAAGUUUUUCCACAAAGAGAUGCACAAAACUUUUGGACGACACAGUUUCAAUAAUCCAGUGAUGUUACAUAAAGACAAAAACACGGUGAAGAGAUCACCUCUGGUUCAGCAUUUGUAGAAACAUUGUAGGAACCCUGAUGUUUAGAUCCCAUUUACAACAGGUGUUAAAAUGCAGUCUGUGUCUGGAGAAGGAAAACUGACAAAGACUUAGGUUUUUCAUUCAGUCACCUAAACAGGAAACAGGAAACAGUCACUGCAAAAACCUUCCUACAAGAAGUCAAAAGAGUCGACUUCGACAGGAAAGAACCCAUGAUGAGUUUCUCCUGCUGCACCUGUGCACAGGAGAAACUCAGAUCCAGUUUCUAAAGUAAAACACCUCUGUAGUUUUCUGUUCACAGCUUUAACGUCCUGUAAUCUGCGACAUGAAAUCCUCUCGUUCAUUUUCCACUGAUCAAAACAAACACGGUACUUUGAGCUCAGGCUCAAGCACGAGACAUGACUCUUAACAAAAAUCAUUUCUGAAGCAUGAAGCCAUCAGAGUGUAAACUGAACAUUGACAGAACAGUGAAUUCAACCAGAUGCUCUUCAAAAGUGGACAAAAACCAGUCCAGGACAUCAGACAAAUUCUGGAGCUGCAACAAUUAGUUGAUUAAUGUAUUGACAGGAAAUUAAUUGGCCAGUAUUUUUUUUAAGUAAAAAUGCCAAAAAAUUCUCUGGUUACAGUUUCUCCAAAGUCUUUUAGCUAUUUUCAUAUUUGUAGACCAAGCAAUUAAUCGCAAAAAUAGGCAGUAGAUUAAUUGACGAAAUUAAAAUAAUUGUUAGUUGGAGCCCUAGUUUUGUACAUUAUGUCUAUCAGUAAUCAAAGUAUAAUUUACAAAAAUAAGACACAAGUUAUAAUAAACAGGAUUCUUACUGAGGUCUUGGAAAAUGUUAAAAAGUAAAAACUUCCCAUUUCAUUCAAACCUUCACCAAAACAAAUAAUUAAUUAAGACCCUUUAAUUCCUCUAAUAAUUUAAAGCUGAAUAUAAUUUUGUUGACAGCAACUGAAAACUACAGCAGCAUCUUUUUCCAGAGAUCAAGUCUGAGUAGUUUGGUGGCGUUAAAUCGUAGUUUGGUUGGAUAUUAGAUUCCUUCUUACACUUGAGAACAGUAGCUUGACAAAUAAAUCUUUAGUAAAAGGCCAACUUGCUUGCUUUUUUGCAGGGCUUUCAAGUGCAUCUCAUGGUCAUGUGAAUGGAGCUUUUUCAGGUGGCUGUUAUAUCAGCAACUCAUACUUGACCACCUGCCAUCAUGUAACUGUUCUGUCCAGUGAUGAGGACCAAUGGAGGCAGUUGAAAGCCCUGGAAAAAGUUAGUAAAUGGACCUUGAUUACAGAUUAUCUUGUCACAGAGUUGCAUCAGCUGUCGAACUGAAGUUACAUCAGGUUUCACCAAGCAUCAACCUCUGAAGUCAACACUGAAGAACCAAAACAUGCAGUUCCUCUAAUGACCACUCCAACAGUGAGUCAGUCCCCAUAGACCCCCAUGUUAAAAUGCCAAACCAAAGCAGAAAUAAACAUGUUUACAGCCUGGUACAAAAAACAGUUUUGGUCUCUAUAGCUAAUUUCCUCCUUCAUGACAGCUGUUAUAUAACUCACCUGUUAACAUUUUAAAGUUAUGGAGAAUUGAGGGCGUUGUUGCUUUGAGUGACAGGUGGGUGUAUGUUUGCCACAGACAGGCAUAUGCCGAAGUCUCAGAUCCACACAUGCCCCUCCUCUUUGUCCAUUUUUGGAUUAGCUGGGAAUUAAGGGCGGAGUCAGACACUGCCAAGAUGGCAAUGGUGGAGCAGCUUACUCUAAUCUUCAGAAACCUGUGGGUGACGUCACAGAGGCUACGUCCAUCUUUAUUUACAGUCUGGUAGAAACAGCUGCAUCUCACUGUGCACUGCAUGAAGUCGUAUUGUUAAUGAACCAUCGACUCAUCACUGUUGAGAACUUGAACAGCUGACGCAACUCUGUGACAAAAUAAUCUGUAAUCAAGGUCCACUCACUAGCUUUUUCCAGGUCUUUCAACCGCCUCCAGUGGUCUCCGUUCAGAAGACCAUGAGAUGCUGUUGAAAGCCCAGCAAAAAAGCAUUGUUGCAGUUUCUUCUCUCCGUUUUCGAACUGCGUUGUGUUAGAAAGUGUAAACACGGGGUCUGACACCACAGAUGGAUGUACCACAGAUGCGACAACUCCUCUCCAGUGCCUCAGGUUCUAUCUACCCACUGCCACCGUACAGCUGCUUGUGAUGAUUAGUUUGAGUAGGACGUUUGUGCUUGUCGGACCUGUAUCCAAACUAAAUAUGUGGCUUUAUCCAGAGCAGCAUGUUUAAAAAAAAUUCUAACAAAAAAAAAAAAGAAAAAAAAAAAGAAGUGAGGUCUGUCUGUGAUCUGUAAACUUUCAUCCAUAAACAAAUCCCAUCUUUGGUUUUUUUUAAUCAUCUUUCAGUUCCCCUUGGACCAAAGGUGUUAUGAAUGUGAAUUAUGUCGUUUUUGAUUUUUGAUUAUUGACAGUAUUCCUUGCACUACGCACAGUAUAAAUGUAAGCUCAUCAUCUCAAAGAAGAGACAUUCCAUCAUCACUAUAUUUCUGAAUUUUAUACAGUUUUAAUACAUUUGCCGUCACAGUGUCUUUUGGAGUUGAAAUAUGUGUUAAUUUAUAUUUGUAAAUAUGUUUUUUUUUUUCAUGUGAUAUCUGAUAUCUAUCUGGUGCUCAUAUUGGCUUACUAGCUUCAGAUACUUGUAGCCUGUGUGCCUCUCUGCCAUUUUUAAGGUAUUUGAAAUAAACCAUAAGUACCUAAAGGAUAAAAA